GAGUUGAGUGUGAAAAAAAUAAAGAGAUCAAUGAACGAGUAAUUAAAAAAUGAGUAAAUUUGCCGGAUAGCGGGAAAGUGCUGGCAAGUUGGGAUGAUUGAAGAAAAACAGCAUUGCCGAGAAGAUGUUAGUCUAAGAGCUCGACUAUUGCUGGUAAUAUAAUCUAGUAUGCGUUAUUACAGACAUACACACUACACCUACAGUAUGAAGUCUUAGGUCUAGCGGAGCUUGAGGGGGAUAGGAGCGGCGAGGAAGCGGACGGAGUAGAGCACCAGCUAUACUACUAUCCAGUACAGAUCCAGCAGCCAGUUGCAGUAGCAAUAGCUCCAGUACACCGUGGUGGACCUUUUACUGUCGAGAGCCAGAGCCUGGGUACAGUGAACCUCUUGCCCGUUUGUUGUCGGUCUAUCUGUGUCGGAUUGAAAUAUCGGUGGCGCCGUGGGAAAGGGAUCACCGGCACGCCGUUGGCUCCAUUAUCGAAAGAAGAAAGGAAUCGGAUUUUUGAACAGAGUUAAGACUGGAUUAGGUGGAUGGAAAUAACAACUCGAAGAUACGAAAAAAAUCGGUGCAGAAAAAUGUCUGAGGAUCCUACGAGCCCAUAAUUUACUCAGUAGAAGAAGAAGAAGAAGCUACCAGUGCUGAAAAAUGGGAAACAGUAGUUCACAUCACACUGCAGCGGUGGCUCAGGAAAUGGGUCGCGGAUGGACCCAGUCUUUUCCGAGAGAGCUCACCAGGCAUCAUCACCAUUCCCAGGCUCCUGGACACAAAGUUUUACCCGAACCGCCGAAUCAACGGCUCAGGACGACUAACAAUGGAAAUAUUAUUCACAAUGGUGGGACUAUUAGUGGUCGAAGACCCUCGGCGUUUACUCUUCCACAUGAUCUUAAUAAGCAAGGAAUAUACAGAAGUAGAAGCACUUCAACCUCACACUUGGGCGAACCUCGACCGCGCAAUGACCUGGGAACCCAGCACUGCUGCGCUGGUCAUUACCGUCCUUGCGACGGAACCUGCCGUGAAAAUGAAAUGAUAGAAAUAAAAAGAUUUGGAAGCGAGCCAGACCUCCGGUACUCUCCGGAAUCGCGACACCCGCCGAUGGACCGUCACUCGGGCUACCAUUAUCCUGAACGUGAGUCCAGAGAACGGGAGAGUAGAUACCGUGGAAAAAAGAAGUACAAAGCCCCAGCACCGCCUCCGAUGAACGCCGACGGGUCUUCGCCAGACUCCUACAAAUGGGAAGUUAUCUCCCCAGAGCGUGACAACUGCUGCCGGCAGGAAGAGGAGCCCAUCUCAAGAGGUAUAAAGCCGCCGCCUCGUAAAUCCCGGCUGUUUAAAACUCGUGCUGAGAGUAAGCGUCAACAAAGCAGCUGGAAUCCAUCCGCCCAGCAAGACUGCCCGGACAAUAUUAUUGAAAGUGAAAGAGAAAGACGGUGGGUUAAUGACAGACACCAGCAGCAUCAAUCUCACCAGCAUUUAUCUUCCCUUUCUAAUGGCAAAGAAAAUGGCAGACCCUGGAGAGAGUACCACGAACAAGAUGACCACGGUCAAUGGACGAGGGAUGAACGGAGGAGCUCCAAGAAAUUCGACGGAAAGAAUACUCUUCAGAGAAGUCUCAGCAGUCCCGAGUUCCAGGCAGAACUGAUGCAGGUAGCGAAAAAGGUUCGCAAUAAACUAAACUACAAUCGACGCGUGGGACCCGUCGGCGCCCCCAACGAGCUCAAGCAUGAAAACCAAUUAUCUAAGUCGACGACAUUUAUUGAUGCACGCAAGAACAACCUCGGGGACAAAAAAUACUCGAGAUCCAAGCAGUCUCAGGCGCAGGAGAACGCCGGCGUAAAUAAUGACUCCCGAGUUGAUAGACGUAAAAGCAGAAGUAUGGAGCAGUUUGAUAAUAAAUGUCAGGAGGUUAGAACUUGCUCAAGAUUCUACGAGGAAAGAACUUUCCAGGAACAGCGCUCUAGAGGUGAGAAUAGAGUAAUUAGGAGCCAGGAAACCCGCUCUUACGAGGAAAGGAGAAUGGAUAGCCCUCGCGGAGUCCAUAAUUCAGGCGCUUCUGCUGUUAAUGGAGAAAAAUCCACCGAGCACGGUGACGAGCGCUUGGAAAAUAAUCCCAGGAGACGCAAGGUCUUGGAAAAGUCAACGACCUAUGAGGAAAGCGUGGUCACUACCAAUGAGUCCAACCAAAGGAAGAUCCUCAAUGGCAGGCUCGAGGACUUUCACCACGAGGACCGGCGGAAAGAGCCUCACUUUGACAGGAGGAAUUCAAACAACAGAGCCACUGAGAUUCUGGUCUCCAAGAUCACCAGGAAGAGCGAGGAGACAGGGGAGCACAUGAGGACCAGGUCCGAGAGUCCUGCGAUGCUGAGAAUAGGCGUCAGGGGUCAAGGAUCCGGUCGGGAGAGUACGCCAGAACCUCCAAGGGCCAAAGAGAACAAGGUCGUCUCUGGCUUGGGCUCUGGUGUCGCUCCUGAGAACCCCAGGAGAAAAAGAACUGAUGUCAAGGACAUGAAUUAUAGAGACUGCGAAAAAAGAUGGUCGGAGAGUAAUCUCGCAAAGACCGAGCGAGAGAGAGAAAAAAUAAAAAUAAAAAAUUGUGAAAAGAGCAUUGUUAAAGAGUCUAAGGAAGUCGUGGAGAAGACUUCUCAUUGGAAUUUGAGUAAUGGCGUGUCACCCAAGUCUAAACAAACAACGACAACUACAACUACCAAGACCUUUUAUACCCAAGAUAAAGAUUACACGGGUUCUUCGCACCACCAACAGCUUCACCAGCAACAGAUGACUGACAACCAAGGGGAAGAUAUUGCGCUAAAAUUACGGCCGACUUUGCCGAAAAAACAGCUGGAGAUACCGCGAUUCUCCCCAUCAGCUGCCUGGAGAUUGUUAUCUGCUCAAGAGACACCAGGCCCGAAUAUGAGCACCGCCAGUGAGGAGAUUCCGGUGAUGUACGAGGAGCGAAUUGAGCGGCUCGCGAGACCACCGCGACCUUUAAUUGCCAUGGAACCGAGAAGUUCUCACGACAAGUCUGGAGACUCUGGAGUUUCGUGCGACGCUGGAGUUCCCAAUGACGAUUCCCUGGAUGUCACUGUCGGUAGAUUAAAGACACAAACUGGUAACAUACGCCCGACUUGGACUCCUCAGCAGGAUUUAGGCGAAGAGUCCAGCAGCGAUGCUGGUGUUGAUUCUCCACCACCCAUGGCCCCCAGCGCUAAAUUUCCACCUCGAGCUCACGUAUUCUCGCUUUCUUUGCCGCGAGAUGACAAUCGGCACUGCGUUUAUACAGCGGAGAAAACCAAGGACCCCUCUUUCAAUUCUUUGCAGAAGAUAAAGCGGUCGUUUGGUCUCGGAACUGGCGAAUUCGAUAAGAAACACCCCGGGGAAACGCUUGAUGACAAUUGGCUGCUGUCUACUAGCGCUCCUACUUCUUUGCAGCACAGCCAGGCGAAUCAAAUUAGAGAAGUCAACGGAGGUAUUAAUGGUUCCGGUUGGGACGGUAAUUACGCGGCUGAAGACUUUGAAGACGAGGCUCUGGAUGAGAUUGACGAGAAGGCAAACUUCCCAGUGGUGAUGAAGCCGCCUUCCUUUUCGUACCUCGCUUCUGGGGGACAUGUCAUGUAUUUACCGGCUUCUAACGACACCGAGCAUCGAACCCAGAGUCUCAAUUACAGAAAUUCUGUCGGAGAAAUUAGUGUAAAAAUGAAUAAUAAUAUCAAUAAUAAUGUUAAUAUUAGCUCGAAGAAUUUAAAAUCAAAUGAGCCUGUUAAAAUUUGUAAUAAAAAUGGUUUUAUCAACGGAUUUGCUAAUGGAUUUACCAACGGAAUCAGCAAUGGAUUCAUCAGCAAAUUGGCGUAUGACAAGACUAAAGAACUGGGAUUGCAUCGCGAAAGAUCCUUCACGGAUUUGGGAAACAAAAAUCGGAAAUAUCCUAAUUUCUCAAAGUCUUGCGAGAAUAUUUCGGAGAUGAAGCAGCGAAGCUACUCCCCGGUCAAUGGCAGUCCUGAAAGUCUUCAGGAUAAGAAGAUUAUUAAUGUUAAUAAUGAAAUGAAUAAUAAUAAUAAUUGUACAAAAAUAUCGAUUAAGCCGAGUCCGAAGAGCAAGAGAUUCACAUUUCAAUCUACGGUGAGGCAAAUCGAGCGGCGAAGAUUGGCGGAAAAGCUGUCACGUGAAGCCGAGGCUAAAGAACGACAGAGGAAAAGUGAGUUAGAAGCGAUGCGCAAAGUAGAAGAGGAGUUUCAAAGGAAAAGAGCUAAGGAGAAGGCUAAUAUUAGACAGCAGCUUAGGUUGUACAGUAUGGAUGAAAACUCUAGUAGUUUACCUCCGGCGUCGGAUAGUUCUCACCUGUCUCGAGCAGACCCAGACGGAGCGCCGUCCUCGUCGGCUUCCUCGCCAACUUCAGCACCACCCGGAAAGCUUGUAAACAAUCGCAAGGGCAGCGUGAGCAGCGACGAGUAUCAUCGUAAAAAAGAGUGCCGAGUUCAGCAGCAAAACCAGAAACAGGAGCCCCGAGAGUACAAGGACUAUCGGCCGAAAUAUUACGACUGGGCACCCAACAACGAGUCAUCCUCGCACCUUGAGGUCAAGCAGACUACGGUACAUCCUAAGAUUGUGUGUGACAUUCCUAAAAGCUCUCAUGUAUUCGUAGAUGCGAAUAUUCAUACGGGAAAACACGCCAAUUUAAAUUCAACGCCACGUUCAGAUAACUACAGGAAAGAUUUCGCACAUGGAGCGGUAGCUGCAAGAUCGUCUCUAGCCAGCAGCGAUAGUGAAUUAUCACAACCAAAUACCCGACCGCAUUCACGACAAAAUGGCAAUAAUAAAAAUAGCAAACCUGUUCGUACUAGGGACGAACCAACGACGAAAGAUCAAGAGGGCAAAGUCAGCGGAACAAUUGCGACGUUGACCAGGUCAGCAAGUCCGGAGAGAAGUUCUGAGAUAGCUAGUUCCGAAGAAGAGACACCUGUGGAACCAGUAAAUCACCAGCGAAAUUCAUCUAUCAAUGUCACUGCCAAUGGAUUUAUUAUUAAUGCCGUUCAGCCGUUUGUUAGAGAAAAAAAUUAUCGACCGAUAACUUUUAAUCCUCAACCACCGCCGCCGAUUCCAACUUAAUUUUAUCUUCUAUCAGAUAUUUUUGUUUAUCAAUUUAUUGUUAACUUUUCGCUAAAAAACUAAUAAGUCACCGAAUUAUGUAAUUAACAUUGUAAUUUUAAUAUCAAUAUUUUUUAUAAUUUAUUUUUAAGAAAUA